GCAAAAUUUAAGGUUUUAUCUUCAAAUAUCUUCCAGAAACUGUACGCGAGCAUCCGCAGUGAGCCGUUCAAAAUCCCAGAGGACGAUGGGAACGACCUCACGCUGACGUUCUUUAAUCCAGACAGAGAGGGCUGGCUCCUUAAAAUAGGUGGUCGAAUUAAAACCUGGAAGAGGAGGUGGUUCAUUCUGACAGACAGCUGCCUGUACUACUUUGAAUACACCACAGAUAAAGAUCCAAUCGGGAUUAUUCCUCUGGAGAACCUGUGUGUCAGAAAGCUACAAGACACGAGCAAACCGUACUGUCUGGAGUUAUAUAACCCCAAAGGACAAAAGAUCAAGGCCUGCAAGACGGAGAACAAAGGCAGAGUGGUGCAAGGUAAACACCAGUCUUAUAAGCUCAGUGCUGGCAGCGCAGAAGAACGGGACGACUGGAUCGAGGCCAUCAGGGCGAGCAUCACCAAGGACCCUUUCUAUGACCUGGUGUUUCUACGCAAGAGGAAGGUCAUCAGCAACACUUCUUCAUAAGACUGCAACGUCAGUGAAUAAGCCAUCCGCACUUGGAUCCUGUACAUGAACCACCCUGAGCUUUAAUGACUGUUAAAAAUGGGUUUCACAGAAAUGUGCAAACUGGGAAGUAACACUUGUAGUGUGAAUGAAGAAAAGUGAACUUUGCCGGUUGCAGUGUAAAGGCUUCACAUCGCUUCUGCAAACUGCAUGCACUACUGCUCUGACUUCAAGGGCUGAUGAGUACUGACAAACACCUGCUGCAAGGAGAGGAAGAGGAAGGUUGCAGGUAGUUGGUCUGAGACUGUCUUCAAUGUUUUACUGAACUUCCCUGUUGGGUGCAAACUCUGGACCCAUUUGAACCUCCGUAUACCUGAAGUCACAUUUCAGUUGCCUCAAAGUGACUCAAAAUGACCACAAACAGAUGCAAAAUGAGCACUGAGACGCAAACCAAGACCAGACACAAAAUGAUCACAAAGAGAAUCGAACUAAGAACAAAAACAGGCCAUAAAAGAGACAAAAGGCAACUGUGAACACAUUUAACUCGACAACAAUCAGGCUCAGAUGACUGCAAAGAGACCCAAUAUGUCUGCAGAAAGACCCAGAAUGACCAGACAGAUGUAGAAUGAUCUUAAAGCCUCAAAACAAUCAUGAGAUCCAAAAUGAAAAUCCCAAUAUGGCUGGAGAACAACUUCAAAUGACCACGAAGAAGCACAAACUAAAAACGAA